AUGAGACACCAUCAAAAUAUGCAGUAUGCCCCACAGCAACAACCGAUUUAUGUUCAGCAGCCUCCUCCUCGUAAAGAAUCUGGUGGUUGCUGUAAAACUUGCUGUCAUUUUCUAUGUUGCCUCUGUUUGAUCAACCUAUGUUGUGAUGUCUUUUAA